AUGCAAAACAUUACCUCGAUAGAUUCUGAUGUGGCCCAAGAUUAUUUUUCACUUCAACCUUCUUAUUCAUCGAACUCUUAUACUUCAACUCCAACCACACCAGUGGAAGCAGCUAUGUAUCGUCCAUAUACCCCGAUCGGAACCUCAAUAGAUUCGCGAAAUUAUGGUGCAUUCACUCCAACUACACCUAUCGCACCUAUUAAUUUUAGUUUUUCUCAUGCCAAUCCUACCGAUACAAUAGAAUUAUUAAAAUCUUUACAAAAAAAAGACGCGAUUUUCGAACCAAAUGUUAUUGACUUGGUUAAAAGAUUAGUAGACAACUCAUUAGAAUAUAUUCCAGAAAUUUACAAAUCUCUUUGUCACAGUUAUACAGGAGAACCUUCAAAAAUUCAACUUGUCAGUGAUCUCUACGAUGAAUUCGUGAGUGAAAAUGUUCAACCUAGAGCUGAAAUUGUUUGUCGAGAAGCAUUGAAAAAAAUGGUUAAAGAAAAAUAUGAUUCAACUAAAAUUGAUGAAGUAGAGAAAUCUAUGGAAGAGGUAUUCAAUCCAGUAUUGCCCUUAAUUCAACAACAAUAUUGGCGAAAUACAAUUUAUGCGUUAUCAGAGAAAUAUCCAGAUAGUUCUUUUUUAAAUAUAUUAAUUCAGCGAAUUGCAGAUCAAGGCCAUUUUAGUGAAAUUAAGCAUCUCAAAACGGCAUCAACAUUUAUAGAAGUUUAUUCUAAAGUUUUAUUGGAUCAAUUAAAAACUAUUAUUGAAGUAGACGAAGCUGGUGUACAAAAACUUUUACCAGAUUUAAUUAGAACUGCCAGUCUUCAUCCACAUUCUUACCUAUUUGUUCAAGCAUUGGUUAAACGAUUAUCACAGGAACAAAAUGGAUAUCCCUUGAGAAAAUUAGCUAAAGAAUUAGAAAAGGGUGUUAACAAAUUAGGUGGAUCAGAACUUAUCCCUAAUUUACGUAGUUUGAUAGCAGCUCCACCCAAUGUUAUUGCAACUUCUAUUUUAUAUAUUCCACCAACUCCUGGUGAUGUAGUUGCGCAAUAUCAAAAGGAUCCUCCACCUUCUCCUAUUUAUUUGCGUGAUCCCGAAUUGUUGUACUGGCUCUUAACCAACGUUUUUGUACCUUCUGAACAAAAUAAAAACAUCAAAUUGGACCUUAAAGAAAAAUAUUUAUAUCUUGCAGCCUUUGCAUCUUCUGCAAAAGAAAUACCUGAUGGAAAUGUCGAUAUCAGUAAAGUUAAUUCAACUUUCGAUACACUUAAAAAACUUUCUGCCACAUUAUCUAAAAAAAGUGCUACGGGUUCAGAAUUUAAUUCAAUCGUUCCUGACUUAUUAGUGUAUAUUGAUACUCCCAUCGCGUCAAUGGCCUCGAUUUUUUGGAUAAAGUAUCUAUUGAGAGAAACUUCAUUUUAUGAAAAGAAUUUUAAAUUUAAUGAAGUUCCCAUACCACAUUUAAUUUUAGAGGAGAUCGCAUUUCGACAUCCAUAUCAAAGAGGACAUGUUUUUAAUGCGUACAAAGCUGAUUUAGAAUCAUCUCAUAAACUAACUCCCGAAGUUAUGACGGCUCUUAAAAAACAAUUAUUGGAUCGAAUGAUAUUCUUGAUUUCAAUUGGAUACGUGAUGCAGGUUCUUAAGAUGGUCUCUCCACCUUACUCUGCGGAAUUCUAUGGUACAAUGUUAAGAUUGAUUGAACCAAUUUAUGUUGUAUUGGAGGCUGGUUUGGAAACGCGUCCUUUGAUACAAAAAUUCCUUACUGAUUGUCCAAUAUUAGAAGAAAAGAGAGCACAAGAAGCAGUUGACCGUACUGGAAUCACCGGAAAAAUAUUUACAUGUGAUGUGACUCUUCAGAUCAAAGCAUUGAAUAAGAUGGGAACUCUGAAAUAUUUCAAGGAAUGUGAUGAUUAG